AGUGAAAAUCGAAAUGAAGAUCAUUCUGGUGGGUUUGCUGCUUGCAGUGGGUGCCGCCCACGGAUCGUAUCAUCCCUACUACCCUGGAUAUAAUCCGUUCGCAGCACUGCAAGCAUUAGGCCUAUACAAUCCGUUUGUUCCUCUUGCUCCGCAAGUUCCGUUCUCCGGUACAUACGCCUAUCACGAUGGUUACCGGCCAACGGUAGUGCAAGCCAACAACGGAGGAUAUCGAUACCCAUAUGGCGUCCCUAGUCCGGUGCGUUAUUCGUGGAACCCAUGGGGUGCUCCGGCUCCAGUUGCAGUUCCAGCUCCACCGGCGGCUUUAACCAGCUAUCACUACCUAAGUCAUCCAGCAUAUCCAUUGCCGACGAAGACGAUAGUCCAGGCCAAUCUUGGCAAACCAGAUCCGUGGAAUUAUGGUGCCUUUUAUGGAACCGGAAUCUACGGGUUUGGCUUUAACAAUUACGUUCCCGUGAUUAGGUUGGCAUAAUGAAUAUGCUUUACGCUAAUUGGAGAUGUUAGAAAAACUGCCUAGUUUUAUUUUUAAUCCAGUCUGUACAAGAAAUUAUGUUCUGCCAUCUGUGUAGAGUGUUUCGUAAGUGAUUGUUUAAAAUACAACAGUUUUAUUGUUACUGCAAAGUGAUGAAUUUCCCGUGAUAUUUUUUCUCAGCUGUUUACCAACUGACCUCAAUUAAUUUUGGUAUUUUUAUGUAUUCAUUCGCUCAAUUAAAAUUAAAUUUUGAUAUCUGUGAUAUGUGUACGGAUAGAUUAGCUGUAAUGCAAAUAGCGUUUAAUUACAAAUAUGAAAUUGGUCAUUAGCGAAGUCGACAUCACCAGAUAAU